AUGGCCAUGUUCUUCACGGUUCUCGCUAUUACCUGCUUCGGCGUGCUAUCCAUUCACGCAUCGGAGAAGCCUGUGUGGGACAUUGCUUGGCGUAAAACCUGCGGGCCUCUACUGGAUGCUCAUAAGAAAUGUGCCCCAAACACUAUUACAGGUGAUCCUAUCUACUGGAUCUGCAAUGGUGAAGAACGUACCUGGGAACCGACCGAUGAGCGCUGCAAAUUCGGCUACGAGGAGGGCGAGGAAGCUCCCACGACCGAUGGCGACUGGCACAUCGGCUGCGAUGAUUCCGAUCACUGCGGUUACUAUAAAGAUCAUCCGAACAAACGCUCCAUCGGAUCCAGUCCUGACACUGCGACCGGUUCCGCUCACGCAGGUUUGUCCCCACGAAAGUCUCCAGAUGGGCUGAACAUACCGGACCGGAAAGGUAUCCACACGCGCUGCAGCCUUACCAGCUUCGAUCUGGUCGAAAAAUUUAGUGACAAGCGUUGGAUUCAUCACUACAAGUGUCCCCCAGGCACCGCUUGCUCCGAUAUCCUUGGUAGCGGUGCCUGCAGGGCAGGAGGGCACGACUUCACCAUCCCUGGUCGAAGCUACCUCUGGGCCUUUAAAUGCCCGGAUGCUUAUAAGGACCCAAAGACUUGUCACUUCGCUGAUUCGGUGCACGCGCUUGACUCUCCAAAGCCACUCGGGCCAUACCUUAACGGCACUACACGCUGCAGCCCCAACGGACGAACCGUUCAGUACCUCGACGGCAAACAAUGGAAGGAUAUCUACGCAUGCACGGCGAAGGCUACCUGUGUUGAACACCGAGGCCAGGGCGGCUGCCAGGCUGUCCAGUCCUUGGCCUAUCCGUUGACCUCCCGAUCACUUGCCGAUAAACGCCAUGCCUCUAAUGGAGGAAUCAUACAGUGGCCGACUCUACAACGCGAUGAGGAGGAUCAACCACCGACCCGGUGCAACCCCGAGAUCAGGGACCAUGUUCAGUACUUCAGCGAGUUUUUUAAUGAGUGGCAAGACUUCCAUACAUGCGAGUACGCGAGCGGUUGCCACAAUUUCAGGGGUAAAGCUUACUGCCAUGAUGCAUACCGGAUCCUGGUUCCCUCCGUGGAUCUUAUCAGUGGCGUAGACGGGGGCCCGCCGCGACUGGUCGUGCAGGUCGAACAGGCGGAGGAUGACAGUGAGCUCCCGCAGAUUGAACAGAAAAUUGUUUUGGCCCAAGCCCCCAUACAGACCCGAUGCGAUCCCCUCGACGAGACUCAAAGGUUCGUCCAGUACCUCCAUCCGUCGGCGCAACAGUGGCUCCGCUUCUACCAAUGCAGUGGGCCUUGCUUUCAGUUCAUGGAAUAUGCAGCUUGCGAAGAGUACCGCGACAAGUAUGUGAUUCCAAGUCCACCCACGCAGAACUUUCCAAAGCGCGCCGCUCGACCGGAUCUGGUAGCUCCAGAUGAUCCGCUGGCGCAAAACGGCUGGGGCUCUCGAUGUGACGCCCUCUACCCAUCAGGAGUGAUCGCUUUUUUCCGCGGCCAAACCAUCGCAUACGGAGAGUGCCCCAACCAUGGGGCGUGCCGCGAGACAGGUGCUGGGUUCGUUGUUUGUGACGUUAAUGGCCGUCCGUAUCUCAUGGAGGCUCAUGGUCAGACUCGCCAGCUACCUCGCCAAGACCCCUACGAUCCUCACGCACCUGAUUUUAACAUGUUCGACACUCGUUGCAACCCUGGUGAUCCUAGGGAGGUGCAGCGUCAUAACGGCACCACUUGGGACGUGGAAGGCGGACCGAAUGGAGGCUGCGCAGCACCCAGUCUCUACGACGUCUUGACCCAAAUUGGCGUUGCUAGUACCGUGGCCGACGCCGACCGAGACGUUCUUCCUCGCUCUCCUAAGCGCGAAAUGGUCGAUGACCGUCUAUUGAGGAAUAGCGAGAGGCUUACAGAGCAAGGCAAGAUGCUCAUUGACGAGGGUGAGGAACUCACGGCACAGAGUGAUUCUCUUCUAGAGACGUUCUUCGGCCCUCGAGACUCUGCUACCUCUUUCGAAGAUUUCGCUGCGAUGGAAGAGUUCGCGGCAGACCCCCACAAUGACAUCCCUUCGGACGCGAAGGAGCCCAAGGACGCCGGUGUGCCCGACACUUCGCUCGUACCUACCGCGGCAGACCGCGCAGUCCAUUGCCGCGACACUAGCGGUCUGGUAGACGACAGCGUUAGCAUGCACAAGCAGGGUGCUCACCUCGUCGAGGAAGGCAACAAGCUUGUUGCCCAAGGCACGACACUUUUGAAGACAAUCUUCGGUGCUCAGACGGACGAGUAUAUCAGGAACAUCACUGGACGUGGAACGGCUGGCGUAACUGGCGCUCCGAUCAUCGUUGAUCUGCCAGAGGUGUCAGACUUACCAGAAGUGGACAUCGAUAAGGACGCCAAAGCUGGGGACGAGGACACUGGAUCCGACACUGAAUGA